AUGAAUGGAGUUCUCAGCCCGCCCUUGAUUUCAGAACCGGCAACUACGUCGAUAAACUUAUCCUCCAAGAGAAAGCGUGAUGAUAAUAUUCUAGAUUCUGAAAAUGCGGCACUACCCGCGAUGUCCACGGCAGAAUCGCUAACUUUAAUUACGGAUCUAGUUGAUGUGUUGAAAGUAGAUGACACAACUCCAUCAAUAUUAACGCGCCCUCUCUCCAAUAAACAUUCUAUGAAUGGCUCUCAAAGUAAGCGACCUAAGACCGAAGAUAUUGGGGAGUCAAAAACAUCUAUCCUAUCACGACUAUCAACAAAGGCAUACAGUACUGUCCAUCAAGUUCUGAAAGACAUUGAUUUGGCAGCUCAAGACAUUUUAGAAUCAAACGGAUUAUCCAAUAGCAUAACAUCGCUGAAUUUUCCAGAAGUUUCCACAACUCGACCUGAACUAAAACUGAGGAUCACGGCAUUUAAGAAGAAAGCUCAUGAUCUUGUUAAAAGAGAGAGAGAAUCGUGGAAUUUAAUUCAAAGAGCAAAAAGUAAUGUAUCACGCCAGACUAAUCUCCGCAUGUCGGCAACGGAUGGUUUUCCCGAAACAAAUUCUAGCUCUCUUGGAAGUAGACUAGUUCUCACGCUUUUCGGAAAUGCGCCAACUCCCAAGCAAUUGUUCUCUGGACUUCAGAUACCUACCAAGAUUAACGAUGGAAAAGAUGAGGUCAUUGAUUCUGUGCAAGAAGACCGCUUACCUCUUGGAAUUACCACCACUCGGAUCAUUAAAACAAACUCCUUUAGCAAGAAACGUACACAAACCUUGGGAGAGUUAUUUCCGAUACCAUCGACUGUAAUUGCAACAAUUCCACCAAAGCCCUCAAAAAUAACUACCACAAGGUCAACAAAUGUUGGCUGGUAUUGUCCGGAAUCUUUGGAUCUAGCAUCACAGGCGCCAAGUUACUUCACGCAAGAGAUUUCCUGUGGCGUAUGGAUUGAUUAUGGUAAAGUUUCGAGCUCUUCUCAAAGUACAAAGGCGAAGCAUAGGGAGAAAAUAAAAUCUCUUCGAAAUACAAAAGCUCACCUACUUGACACUGACUCAAUAGAAUCAAACUCUAGCAAUAUUGAGGCAUUGUUCCGAAGUGCCUACUCAAGCUUUGCUCCUACAACGGAUGACACUGCUUCCAUAGCCCCUGUAGGCCUUUUAAAUCGUGUGUGGUGGCAAGAAAUUGGCAAAAAAUCAUACGGACAGUUGAUUGAAGAUACUGAAACAAAUUAUUCGCCUGAUGAGUUGGAAAAUGAAAAAUUUAGUAGCAAUAAAAAUGAUAACGAUUUAGAUGUAUUUGAGAAGGGGCUUGAAGAGAUUGAAAAUUUACCUAUUGAUCCUAACCUCGAAUCUGAACACGAUUCCGAAAGACCUUGCUGGGAAAGAGAAGUGACAGAAAUCUUAGAAAGUAUCUCAGAGCUUUUGGAAGUCUUGACAUCUUACCAGAGAGUUCGACAUUUGUCGUUAAAUUCUCCAAAUCGUUCCGCAUCUUUAAUUCCUGCAACAGACACAAAUCUUCUUGGUACACCCCUAAAACCAAGUGACUCGGAGCAAUCAAUUUAUGAAAUACUGAAAUCGCAAUUAAUAAUGAUGAUUGCCGCCCUUCCGCCAUAUGCAGUGGCAAAGUUGAGUCCCGACCGGCUAGCAGACCUUGGAAUCAGCACGAAGUUAGAAGUUAAAGUAAACGAUAAUAAGGGUGUGAUGGAAGAGGACGAAUUUAUCUCGCGAUCCAAAGUAACUGCGGCAAGUAACACAUCUAAUACAAAUAGUCGUAUUUCUACUCACCGUAACGGUAAUGGAAACGCAACACCCAGUUCACACUAUGGAAGUCAGUACGCGUCAUCUCAAUCUCGUAGCUCUCUGACUCAUUAUAACUCGGCUCAAUCUUCGGCUGGGUCGCCUGGUACUACUUCAGCCCCUUAUCAACCUCAGAGAACCUCAUCUGCUGCACCUUAUCGCCCAACUAGUUACAGCGGCUUAUCUCAUCCGAAUCAAACCCCUAGAACUGUGCAGCAACAGUACACUCAGUCAGGUCAACAGCCUCCAUACUUACAAUCAGGGUCAGGCCAAAAUUUUCUUCGCGGGUCUAACCAAAACUUCCACCAGCCUCCGAAUUCACAAGCAAAUCGAUAUUCUGGUAAGCCGUAUCAAAACCAAGUACAAUCUUCGAAUAGCAAUUCGGAUUAUAGCCGAAGCGUUGGCAGUCAUCAGAUAUCACGCCAAAUUUCCCCGCAAAAGCAGCCGUAUAGCCCAACAGCAAAUACCGGCCAGAAUCAAACAACUCAUUCGUCCUCGAUCCCUUCAAUUUCACAAUCAUCCCAGUUGUACGCAAUUUCGUCAUUAGGUUCUACAGCAAGGUCACCCUAUUCGCAACAAUCAACAAAUCUGGGAAGUGCGCAGCCAUAUAGCACUUUUAUGACUCAUGAACAGCAGCAGAGUAUGAUACAACGACAACAGGCCGCUAUGGCGAGCCAGAAACAAAGCGCGCAGGACCAGGCCAGGAAUACAGCACAUUCCCCUACAAACGCACCUUGA